AACUCUUGGCUGUCAAAAGUGCCAUUGCCUUUUUCUGUAAAUAUUUUGAUCAUUAUUGCAUCUGCUUAUAGAAACUAGAUUUUAUAAAUGAAAAAUCAGUCGCACGGCAUAUGAUAUAAAUAGUUAAUAGGUUCAUUCCAAAUUAUCGGGCAACUACAGUAAAAUAAGGUUGCGUCAGUUUUGUAUCAGAGUAUUGUGCGGAACUAAUGCUGAUGAAAUUUCUACCGUGAAAACCGUGGUUUGCCGUGAAAACAUCUGGUUUGGUCACAUGAGGUUGUUCUUGUAUAAAAAUCAGUGAGUUUUACAGUGUACAGUGUUUAAUACUCACGGCACGACAAUACUUUUAUCGAACAAUUAAGAAAUCAUGAGUGAUAUGAUGAAUAAAUUACCGAUUACGGAUCCAACGAUUCGGAUCGUGCCGUCUAAAGAGUUGCGCAAGUUUAUCGGCAGUAAUCUAUCGGUAUCACCAUCAUCCCCGGCUGCGGUGCGAGAAAUUUACAGCACUAUCAAUGCUGGAAAAAGAGGCAAAACAACCAUUAACAAGAUGAGCUCUACAGACGAUGGAAAACAGAAGCAUGGAUCGAUUGAUUUUACCACGGAUGAGCGGAACCUACUUAGUCAGAUGGUGGCCGACAUUAAGGAUCAACAAUGUGAAUUGAACUCCAUUGAUUUGAUUGACCAGAAGCAAGACAAUUCACAAAAUACGAGCACUGAUGUAACACUGUUGAAUCUCAGUGAUAUAAUGUGGCUAUACAGAACGCUCAAGGAAAUGCGUCAAACUGACCCAACUGUACCGUACUUGCAUACGCUGUUAAACGGCUGCCAACUGAAACUGCCAGUUAACCCAAUACAGGAGAGAAACCCGGAACUGGAAGCACGAUGCCAGCGGCUGCGAAAGGAACAGGAGGAUCGGGAGUAUCAUCGAAUGACGAAAAAUGUCGACAGUAUUCGCAAGCACAUGCCCGAGGAGACGAUUAGCUAUCAGAUGAAACAAAUCAAUCGACAUUUGAUUGCGGUGGCUCAGUUUCUGUUUUCUGUUGCCGCUGGUUUUGCAUUCGGAUUCAUCGGCAUCGAGUUGCUGAUAGGGCAGUUAGACUUUGGGUUCCGUUUGUUGCUCGGUAUUAUCAUCGCACUUAUAAUCGCACUGGCGGAAAUCUACUUCCUGGCGAAGAAGUUGAAUGAAGAGUACGAUCUACCGCCACCACCGGCAUUCAUCGCAAAGGAAACUCCAUCAUCUGCCGUACAGAAAGCUGUCCCAGUGACCAAGUUCAAAUCAACCCACAAGAACAUCAGCACAAAGGAGCACGAUGAAUGAAAUGUAACGCCCCGUUAAUGUAAUGCUUGUCGGUUAGACGAAGUUUAUUGAGAAAAAUGCAUCUUGUUAGCAAAGCGUAA